AUGAUGUAUGAAACUGAUGUAAUGGAGGGUAUGGCAAAAGCUGUAGAAAAUUCAUAUGUUGUUUGUAUUCUCUACUCUAAAUCAUAUAAAGAAAGUCUUCACACAAAAUGUGAAGCUCAAUAUGCUUAUCAUGAAAAAAAGCCAAUAUUAUUUUUACGUGCACAAAGAGGAUAUGUACCAGAUGGAUGGUUAGGUUUUAUGAUGGGAACACGAUUGUAUAUUGAUAUUUCUGGAAAAUAUCCUUUUGAAGACAAAUUUAUUGAAUUGUGUAAAAGAAUAGACGUAUAUAAAAAGCAAUCCAUUGAUCAACUUAGUAAUCAUUGUCAAAAUAAACCAAUAGAAGUGAAUACCAAUUCAAUUGCCUAAAUGUGUAAACAUUGAGUUGGUUCAUGUUGCUUACAAAGUAUGAAUAACAAAAUAUUAUUACGUAAUCGAUCCUAGAAAAAAAGGGAAGGAAAUCAUUCGAAAAUAGAAUUCAGCUAAAAAUAAAGCGUAAUGAAUAAUACUGUUUGAGUUUCUUGUUUGUAUUUUUCACUGUUUUCAUUAUACUACUUAAUUCAUUAAAAUGUUCUGGAUAUCUGUGAUUUACAUAUUCCUAUUUAUUGAUUCAUAUUGACUGUUUUCUUAUAUCACAAAUGAGGAGUAAUGAAUACAAAAAAUGAUGUUGAGUGGACAUUUUUUUGCAUGAACUACAAAUAAAUGAUGAAUGGAAUACUGUAAUCUCCACCCGGAUGAGUCUUUGUUUCUUCACUGUUAAUU